AUGGACUGGAACCGCCGCUGCUGCUGGGGAGGCGGAGGCGGCGGGGACCUUCUCUGCCGGCUCACCCUGGUGCUGGCGUUUCUGCUGCCCGCCUGCAGGACGCGCCUGUACACCAACCACUGGGCUGUGCGGAUAACUGGGGGGCUACCGGAGGCCAACAGGAUAGCUAGCAAAUACGGAUACGUCAAUAUAGGACAGAUUGGAACACUGAAGGAUUACUACCACUUCUACCAUAGUAAAACGAUUAAAAGGUCAGUUCUCUCAAGUAGAGGUACCCACAGCUUCAUUUCAAUGGAACCAAAGGUAGAGUGGAUACAACAGCAGGUGGUUAAAAGAAGAAUAAAGAGGGAUUAUAAACAUGGUGGUACUCAAUCCACUUAUUUCAAUGAUCCCAAGUGGCCAAGCAUGUGGUACAUGCACUGCAGUGAUAACACCAAUCAUUGCCAAUCAGAUAUGAAUAUAGUAGGUGCUUGGAAGAGAGGCUACACUGGAAAGAAUGUUGUGGUCACUAUCCUGGAUGAUGGCAUUGAAAGAAACCAUCCAGACUUGAUACAAAAUUAUGAUUCACAGGCCAGUUUUGAUGUCAAUGGAAAUGAUUUUGACCCUAUGCCUCGGUAUGAUGCCAGCAACGAGAACAAGCAUGGAACCCGUUGUGCUGGAGAAGUGGCAGCCACUGCAAACAACUCACACUGCACAGUAGGAAUCGCCUUUAAUGCCAAGAUUGGAGGUGUACGGAUGCUGGAUGGAGAUGUGACAGACAUGGUAGAAGCAAAGUCUCUGAGCCUUAAUCCCCAACACAUCCACAUCUACAGUGCCAGCUGGGGGCCUGAUGAUGAUGGUAAGACUGUGGAUGGACCUGCUUCUCUAGCACGUCAGGCCUUUGAGAAUGGCAUCAGAAUGGGACGAAGAGGUUUAGGUUCAGUCUUUGUUUGGGCAUCUGGAAAUGGUGGAAGGAGUCGAGACCAUUGCUCCUGUGAUGGCUACACCAAUAGCAUCUACACUAUUUCCAUAAGCAGCACAGCUGAAAGUGGGAAGAAGCCAUGGUAUCUGGAAGAAUGUGCAUCCACGCUAGCUACAACAUACAGCAGCGGGGAAUCCUACGACAGGAAAAUAAUCACCACAGACCUGAGGCAGCGUUGCACAGACAGCCAUACUGGAACCUCAGCCUCUGCACCUAUGGCUGCAGGCAUCAUUGCACUGGCACUGGAAGCAAAUUCAUUUCUGACCUGGAGAGACAUACAGCAUAUUAUUGUCAGGACUUCACGUACAGGACAUCUGAAUGCUAAUGACUGGAAAACCAAUGCAGCUGGUUAUAAGGUGAGCCACCUCUAUGGAUUUGGACUGAUGGAUGCUGAAGCAAUGGUGAUAGAAGCAGAAAAGUGGACAACAGUCCCUCCACAGCAUGUGUGUGUGGAGAACACGGAUCGGCAAAUCAAAACUAUACGGCCUGACAGUGUUGUCCGUUCAAUUUACAAAGCCACCGGCUGUUCAGAUAAUUCCAAUCACCAUGUGAUCUACUUGGAGCACGUGGUUGUACGCAUCACUAUUACUCACCCUCGACGUGGAGACUUGUCAAUUUACCUAACCUCUCCUUCUGGAACUAAGUCACAGCUCUUGGCCAACAGGUUAUUUGAUCAUUCCAUGGAAGGAUUUAAAAACUGGGAGUUUAUGACUACUCACUCCUGGAGUGAAAAAGCAGCAGGUGACUGGAUCUUGGAAAUCUAUGACACUCCAUCUCAGCUGAGAAAUUUCAAGACUCCAGGCAAAUUGAAAGAAUGGUCCUUAGUACUGUAUGGAACAUCCAUCCAGCCUUACUCACCAAGAAAUGAUUUUCCAAAAGUGGAAAGAGUGCGCUCUAGUCCACUCGAAGACCCUACAGAAGAUUAUGGAACAGAUGACUAUUCAGGUCCCUGCAAUGCAGAAUGCAGUAAAGUAGGGUGUGAUGGGCCAGGACCAGAUCAUUGUACUGACUGUCUGCACUACUACUACAAAUCUAAGAACAACACACGGAUCUGUGUUUCAACCUGCCCACCUGGUCACUACAAUGCAGACAAGAAACGCUGUAAAAAAUGCUCACCCAAUUGUGAAACCUGUGUUGGAAGCCAUAGUGACCAGUGCAUGACCUGUAAAUCUGGCUACUACCUGAAUGAAGUAACCAAUAGCUGUAUUACCAACUGCCCCGAUGGGUUUUACCUGGAUAAGAAUAAGAUUGUUUGCCGAAAAUGCAGUGAAAACUGUAAGAUAUGUGUUGAAUUCCAAAUCUGCACAGAAUGCACACAUGGCCUAAGUUUGCAUGGCACCAAAUGUGCUAUCCACUGUGAAGAAGGAAAAUAUCAUAAUGGUAGGGAAUGUGAACCGUGUCACCAUUCCUGUGCGACAUGUGCAGGUGCUGGAGUAGAUGCUUGUAUAAACUGCACACAGGGUUAUUUUAUGGAAGAUGGAAGAUGUGUGCAAUCCUGUAGUAGUGGUUAUUACCUUGAUCACUCUACUGAAAGUAGAUACAAAACCUGCAAAAGGUGUGAUGCCAGCUGUUUGGAUUGCAGCGGUCAAGGAGACAGAAACUGUACGAGCUGUCCAAGUGGCUUUAACCUAGACACUGGUGUCUGCACAGUGGGAACAAUCUGCAAGGAUGCCACGGAAGAGUCCUGGGCCGAGGGAGGAUUCUGUAUGCUGGUGAAAAAGAACAAUCUGUGCCAGCGGAAAGUGCUUCAGCAACUGUGUUGCAGAACAUGUACACACAAGGGGUGAACUGACACCUCCCAGAGUCCUCCUGCUCAUGUAGACUUAUAGAUUAAUCCAUAUUAUUGA